AUAUAUUCCAUUAACUACAAAUACUGAACCCUUUGUCUUGCCUCUUCACUUAUUUAACUUCUCUUCAAAAAAAAUAAUAACCCAAAACCAUUCAUUCAUUCACAUUUCAAUUUUCAAACCUCAAAAUAAAAACAUCAUAAAUUUCCUCAACAAAAAAAAAUCAUAAAUCAAUAACAACAUCAUCGAUCACAAAGAUGUUACCGAACCCAACAACCACCGUUCCCGACGCCGUCGCUCGCUACCACACACACGCCGUCUCCCCUAACCAGUGUUGCUCCGCCGUCAUCCAAGAAAUCGCCGCUCCCGUCUCCACCGUCUGGUCCGUCGUCCGCCGUUUCGACAAUCCCCAAGCCUACAAACACUUUGUUAAAAGCUGCCACGUCAUCCUCGGCGACGGUGACGUCGGUACACUCCGUGAAGUCCGUGUCAUCUCCGGCCUUCCCGCCGCCGUCAGCACCGAACGCCUUGAAGUUCUCGACGAUGAACGCCACGUCAUCAGUUUCAGUAUGAUCGGCGGCGACCACCGCCUCGCUAACUACCGUUCUGUAACUACUCUUCAUUCUAGUCCGAUCUCCGAUUCCGACGGUAAUCACCGCUCCGGCACGGUUGUUGUUGAGUCAUACGUCGUUGAUGUGCCGCCGGGAAACACUACUGAUGAUACUCGCGUCUUUGUUGAUACCAUCGUUCGUUGCAACCUUCAAUCGCUCGCGAAAUUCGCCGAGAAUUUGAAUCAAAGAUAAAUUCGUCGCUUUCGCAAAUUUUUUCUUUUAACUUCUGAUUUUUGGUACAAUUUUUUUACAUGUAAUAAUAUUAGUGAUUAAGUUGUUAUAUAUUUUUAUUAUUGCUAAUUUGCUAGGUUAUGCAAGUUUGUUACCAAGAGAGAUAGAUUUCUUCUAAGUUCUGAAAUCUUUUGUAUUGUUUCACUUUUUUUGUUAAGAGAAAGUGAAAAUGAAACACAAUUAAGGAUUAGUUAGACCCUCAAUUAAGUGGAUAUACAUUAUAAAUAAAAAAUAAAAAAAUUAGCUGCA